AUGGACAGCGGUGAAGACAAGGAUGACGAUGCCUUUGAGCCAUUUGAGAAUGAAAAUGUGACAAAGUCGAUGAAUGAAGUGGAAGGUGAAACCUCAAGGGGAGAUGGCAUAAUUAUACCCGAGUGGGCUUUCCAGUUAGGAAAAGGAAUUAAAAAAAAAGGGGACGAUAGAGUUUUGAGAUUCCUGACGUUGACAUGUAGUCGCGGAGGUGGAAAAGUUGGUAAUAGUAGCGGUUCUUUAAAGCCGCAACCAACAGUGAAGAUGGGUUGUAAAGCAAGGAUAUUUGCAUCUUGUGAUUAUCUGGGAAACUGGAGAAUUAACGCAGUAAACCUUGACCACACUCAUGACACGAGUCCCUCAAAAUCUAGGUUAUAUCGAUGUAACAGACAAUUGAGUGCAGCUAUGAAACGGAAGCUUGAGGUGAAUGAUUUGGCAGGAAUUAGGUUGCAUAAAAGUUACAACUCAGCAGUUGUAGAAGCAGGUGGGUAUGAAAACAUGACUUGUACUAAAAAGGAUUGUCGAAACUAUGUAGAACAAGUACGGAGAUUACGACUUGGAGAAGGAGAUGCUGUAGCAAUUCAAUCUUACUUUUCCAAGAUGCAAGCUCAGUGCUCGGGAUUUUACUGUAGUAUUGAUUUGGAUAACGAGUCAAGGCUGAGAAAUGUAUUUUGGGCCGAUAAUCGGUGUAGGCAAGCGUAUAAGGAGUUCGACGAUGUUGUUUCAUUUGAUACCACUUAUCUUACAAAUAAGUAUGAUAUGUCGUUCGCCCCUUUUGUUGGGGUAAAUUACCACAGACAAUCGACGCUACUUGGUUGUGGUCUAAUAUCAAAUGAGGACACAUCUACUUUUGUAUGGUUAUUCAGGACAUGGCUUGAAUGCAUGAACAAUCGAGCUCCGCGAGGUAUCAUUACCGAUCAAGAUAAGGCAAUGCAAAAUGCAAUUGAGAUUGUUUUUCCCAAUACAAAACAUAGAUGGUGUCUGUGGCACAUUUUGAAGAAGUUUCUGGAGAAGUUUGGCUACCACGAGGAUAAGCAUUCGAUAUUUCGGGCUAUACACAGAUUGAUAUAUGAUUCAUAG